GGCAGAGGAAGAAGCUGCAUAAGGGAAGUGCCGCAGUGAAGUUCAGCUCUGUUCUUCGUUGCGUACAUGUCGACCAGCGUUUUUAUCAGCUAACCAGAACAAGAAGGCUUCAUCCAUUAUUUUUAAACUGUAUAUCUAAUAUAUAUAACCCCGCAAAAUGGCCACUGAUUCAGGCUACGGUGGCUCUCAAAGCUACGGAUCAUACACUGGUCAGCAGGGUGGACAGGGUUAUGGACAAGGAAAUGGCAGUGGCUCUUAUGCGGGACAGAGUUAUGGAGGCUUUGGACAGCAAGGUGCAACACAAGAUGGUUAUGGCCAGUCUCAGCAACAGAGCUAUGAUAAUUAUGGACAGGAAUCAUCUGGGUACGGGGACAAGUCGUCGUCAUAUGGACAACAAGCCUCUUAUGGACAGCAAGGCUCUUAUGGGCAGCAAGGUUCCUAUGGUGGGCAGGGAGGAGACAGCUAUGGACAGCAGAGCUCCUACGCUGGCCAGGGGCAAGGAGGUGGCGGCAGCGGUGGCAGCUAUGGAAGAUGGAGUGAAGGUGAAGGUGGUGGUCAGGGUGGGAGGUUUGGACGUGACCACGGCGACCAUUCAGAAGGAGGGGGCUUCAGAGGCCGAGGCCGUGGCGGCUAUGACCGUGGUGGAUACGACCGUGGCGGAUAUGACCGCAGUGGUGGAUACGACCGUGGUGGAAGAGGUGGACCUCCUGGUAUGGGAGGUGGUGACCGUGGUGGCUACAAAAAUUACGGUGGUGGUCGAGACUAUGGCUCAAGGGAUGAACCAGCUGGAGAACAGGACAACUCUGACAACAACACCAUUUUUGUACAGGGACUGGGAGAGGAUGUCACAGUUAAGGAAGUUGGCGACUUCUUCAAGCAAAUUGGUAUUAUCAAGGUGAACAAGAAGACCGGCCUGCCAAUGAUCAACAUUUACAAUGACAAGGCAACCGGUCGGCCAAAGGGAGAAGCUACAGUGUCAUUUGAUGACCCGCCCUCUGCCAAAGCUGCUAUCGAAUGGUUUGAUGGCAAGGAUUUCAACGGCAAACCCAUCAAAGUAUCGUUUGCCACCCGCAGAGCUGAGUUCACGCAGAGAGGAGGUGGAAGAGGAGGGCGAGGAGGUUUCAGAGGUCGUGGUGGUGGCGGAGGACCCAACUUUGACAUUAAAGGAGGAGAUUGGCCCUGUCCCAACAGCUCUUGCGGCAACAUGAAUUUUGCACGACGGCAAGAGUGUAACAAAUGUGGUGCACCUAAACCAGGAGAUGGAGGAUUUGGAGGUGGAGACCGUGGAGGCAGAGGAGGUUAUGGCGGCGACAGAGGCGGCGGCUUCAGAGGUCGUGGAGGAGGUUUCCGCGGUGGAGACCGUGGUGGCUAUGGAGGAGGCGGCGGGGGAGGAUAUGGAGGUGGCUACAAGAUGGGUGGAAGAGGUGACCGUAGAGACGACAGAAGAGACCGGCCAUACUAAACAUUGAACAGAUGGAAACCAUUCCAGCCCUUAGAGUUCGCUGUGGAGGGGAGAGGGUUUAGUUUGGGAAAACUGGGGGAAAAGAAUCUGGAAAGGGGAUAAAUCAGAUAUUCUGAUUUGUGUACCUUUUUUGUACUAGCCAGUGCAUCCCAACUAUGACUGUUCAUUUGUAAGCGAGGGAACGAUGUGUUGAGCUAAUGUGAAGGGUCUUUGGGGCUGAUUGGCACUGUUGGCAUGUGGUCAAAUGUUUUUUUUCCUUGCUUUUUUGUUUUAUUUCUUUGUACAUCAUUUUAAUUUUCUCUCAGAUUCUAGUUGCAGAUGUUUUGUGAGGUAGACUUCGUACCAUUGUUUUGUAUGAACGAUUAAAAUGUUUUACUUCCGUUCUUUUUUUUUUUUCCAAAAAUGAUAUUAAAAAAACUGUGAUCUUU